AUGCACUUCUCGGCGGUUCUAGCUCUCGGUAGCCUCAUCUUCGAAGUCGCCAUAGCAGCCCCAGUGAAGGCUUCCCGCACAUCGGGAAAGAGGUCGACUUCGCUGUAUAGCUAUAUCGCGGCGGAUGCCGAGGCCAACGAGAAGCGUGCCACAUCUCUCUACAGCUAUAUUGCUGCGGACGCCGAGGUUAAUAUUGGGGGAAAGCGUUCGCAGGCGUAA